UCUAGACGCGAUCCAGACGAAGAAUAUACUUUACUUGAAAAACUUGGUACAGGAUCUUUUGGAACUGUUUAUAAGUCCAUAAAUAAUGACACCAAGAAAGUGGUUGCCAUCAAACAAAUUGAUUUAGAAGAUUCUGACGAUGAUAUUAGUGAGAUACAGCAAGAAAUCGCGGUGUUAUCACAAUGCGACUCACAAUAUAUCACCCGUUAUUAUGGCUCUUAUGGAAUACCUCGCCGGUGGAUCAUGUUUAGACCUAGUCCAUUUGAUGAACAACAUAUUGCUAUUGUUCUUCGUGAACUUUUACGUGGUUUAGAGUACUUACAUGUUGAAGGAAAAAUACAUAGGGAUAUAAAAG